CACAACCUGCACUAAAAGCAUCCAUUUCUGAUCUAAAUGUUAUUCUAACUCACAUGAGCUUCGAAUCGCCUCACCAAACACUCAUCUACAAUUUAACUUUUUUAUUGAAAUUAUGGACAUUCGAAAUAUCUGUAUAGCCUUCUUCGUUCUAGGAACCACGGUCGAUUUGGGAGGAACCUUGAUACCUUCGUUUCGACAGCAUGUCAUGAACUAUGGCAGUCGAGGAAUCACGCCGAACGCUUCCAAAGACGCUUCCAUCCUGAGCAAGCCCGCUAAUAUACUGGAAUACAUUGGGUCCAUCCAAGUUCCUCACACCUGGUUUAGUCAUUACUAUAUUGUAUCCGUGGCCUCUUCGAUCUUCUGGGCACAUCAAAUCAUCGCACGUGGAGCUGCUUUCAGAUUUAUUGCCUCGUACUCCCAACAUGAUACCACGAAAUUGAUGACGGUUAAUCAGAUAGCUUUGGCAUGGGGAUUUAUGGCUUUACAGGGCAGCCGGAGAUUGUAUGAGAGCUUCACGCUUACCAAACCUUCUCAGUCAAAGAUGUGGAUUGGACUUUUGGUUGUUGGCGUUGCGUACUAUAUUUUCAUGGGCAUCUCAGUUUGGAUUGAAGGUAUUGGUGGGUGACAGCAACUAUGCUUUUGUGUUGUUUUGCUAGUGACUAACUUCCAAAGCCACACUCAAUGCGAUUGAAAAUCCACUAGAUCUAAUAGAGAUCUCGAAGCCUUCUCUGAAGACCUCUGUGGCGGUACCUCUGUUUGUGAUCGCAUCAGUAAUUCAACAUGAGUGUCACAAGCACUUAGCAAGUUUGAAGAAGUAUACCCUUCCCUCACACCCAUUCUUCCGCAACAUCGUCUGCCCUCAUUACACUAGCGAAUGCUUGUUGUAUAUUGCCAUUGCCAUUGUGGCCGCGCCUCAGGGACAGACUCUGAACAGAACCGUUUUGGCAGGUUUGUGUUUCGUGAUAUCAAAUCUCGGUGUGACUGCAGAUUCUACUAGGAAGUGGUAUGUCGCGAAGUUCGGCAUAGAUAAUUUGAAGGGUAGAUGGAGAAUGCUACCUUAUGUGUAUUGAGAUGAGGUUCGCUCAGAGUGUGUGGAUAAGUGGCUCGAAAGAUAGAUGGAGGAGGAGACCAUGUCAAGACGAGACGUCUCAGCGUUUACCGAAUAUCCCUAGCUUAGUACCCAACUUCGAUACCUUCAGUACGUCGCGAUACGUAAGGCUU